AUGCGCGACGGCCGAAAUAUCCCAUGGCUAGGCUUUGGAACCGGCACCGCGUUUUACAACAAGGAUGCAGAGAAAGCUGUUAUCCUCGCCAUUACGACCGGCAUCGUCCACCUUGACGGUGCCCAGGCGUACGAUAACGAAGAGUCUCUCGGAGCAGGGAUCGCUGCGUCAGGAAAGCCUCGUUCUUCUCUCUUCGUGACCACAAAGCUCUGGAAAAUCCCGGAGCAGCAAACCGUCCGCGACACGCUCGUGCUGUCCCUGAAAAAGUUACAGCUGGACUACGUCGACCUGUUCCUCAUACAUUCUCCUGUGACACACGUGGGGAAGCUGAACACGGUAUGGAAAGAAGUGGAGGAACUGCAGAAGGAGGGCCUCGCUAGGAGUAUCGGCGUGUCAAACUUCCGUGUCCAAGAUUUUGAGGAGAUUGCAGUUGGUGCAACUGUUGUUCCUGCUGUGAACCAGAUUGAGUACCAUCCAUACAUCUUCAAGGCGAGUCAACCGGUGGAAGAAUACAUGAAGGAACACAACAUUCUCCUGUGCUCUUACGCGGGGUUGACACCCAUUGUGCAUUUCAAGGGCGGUCCGGUCGACCCAAUCUUGGCAUCUGUCGGAGAGAGGAUCGCGAAGAUCGUCGGCAAACCGAUUUCUGACGGACAAGUGUUGCAGCUGUGGUUAAAGACGAAGGGAUAUCCUGCCAUCAGUACAAGUUCAAAGGAAGAGAGAAUCAAGGAGUAUUUGGAAGUUGAGACCUUACCUGAUCUCACCGCUGAAGAGGUGGGAGCUAUUGAUGUGGCCGGAUCGAAAGUUCAUCAUCGUGUAUUCCAAAACUGGUUGGAUGAUUGA